GCCCGAUUUCGACAACAACGGCGUCGCAAAGAAGCAAGUUGCAGUCCAUUCGAAAACUCGGUGGCCGAGGUCGUUGCGAAAUUUCUUGUUUCUCCGGCGUCUACCUCGACAUCCCUUCUGCCCGGAAGAAAAUUCGCGCCAGAGCCGAGUGGGAGGAUGCGGAUAAAGCAGUCUCCGAGAAGUUAGCCAACAAACAAUCGAGAUCGAGAUCGGUGAAUCAGGAUCAUCGGCGGCAUGUGGCGUGGUCUGAUCGUGUUGGCCCUUUUCGCUCAUUGCGCUUCUACUUACUCCGCGUUCCGUGAACAGUCGCCUUCCGACGAUAACCAAAGCAUUCGGUCGAAUCGGCGAGCCGUUCGCGAAUCGCCAUUAGCCGUUGCUACCGAAGUCGAAGACCUUCUCGGCGAAGGAAAUGCUCCGAAACGGAAACAGAAAAAUAUGUCUGGGAAAUCGGACGAGGGAGGAUACUACAAGACGUACGGUAGCGACGCCGAGGGUGAAAAGGGUUACACGAAGGCAACCUACGGCAAGGGCAAUCACGGCUAUAAGACUCUCGACACCUUCCACAAGCGGGACGGCGACAAGUACGCAUUCGAGAAGCACGCUGCCUUCGGCAAAGCGCGCGCCGACAAGAAAAGUAACCACCACGACCAAGAUGCUGGCUACGGUUCACGGAAAGGCGGUGAUCACGAGGGCGCUGGUACCAUCGUCGAUAGUCGUUACAUUGCCGACGGGAUAGGUCGUCACGAUGAACACGACGAAGUCGGCGACCACGAAAGUUACAGCCAAGGCGACGGUGCACACUACACGGAUCAUGGACCAGAAUAUUCGAGUUACGGUCAUGGCGGAAGCCACAGCAUCGGAGACGGUGGAGAUGGUUCUUACGAAAGUCACAGCUCCUACUCGAAAAGCUAUGGUGACGGACACGAGGGCAGCCAUCGCUAUUAGAGUAAAUGUUCCAGUGAUUCGACGAUUAACGAAAGAAUUAUUAUUUAUAUGUGGAUAGCUUUAUCUGGAAAGGUCCUUUUCUCAAAAUCUAUGUCAAAAGAAACCUUUGUAAGGUAUGAAACCCGUUAAUCGUAUCAAAUGUGAGACUGUUUCGAUGGUCCUUUGAUUCGACAAAAAUAUACGCAUGUCCCAGUUAUCGAACACUUAGGCCCAGUGAUCGAUAGUUAUUUGAUCGAACUAAGACGUAAAGUUAAAAGCUUACAAUUAAUUUAUACGCUAAGUAUGCGAUGAAAAUAUCAAAUAAACAGAUAUAAUUUUUAUCAGAAAGGAAAAAAACAUUGUAUAUCUUCAUUCACAGAAAAGAUUAGUAUAAUUUUAAAUCCAAAGAAAUACAGAAUAUUAUUAAUAAUUAGUGAUAAGGUUAAUAAUGAUAUACGAAUAGCGUUAAGAACUUCGAUACAAUUAAGAAUAAACUAUUUAAUGUAGAAUUGCAUUUAUUUAA